AUGUCUUCUUGCUCUCUGAGGAGUGGACUCGUUAUGGUCCUCUGUUUCAUUCUUCUGCUUUUGUCUUCCAAUGUUGGAAGUGCCGAUGCUCGCCGCCUAGGUUCUCAGAGGCAUCACCACUCUCGGAAACACAAGGCUGCUUCUUUGAUAAAUGACAGGCGGGUGCUGGUUGGAGUCGAGACAGGGGAAGAAGUAGUGGUCAUGGAUUACCCUCAGCCUCACCGUAAGCCUCCCAUCCACAACGAGAAGAACUAA